AUGGUCCUCUCUCAGCCUCCACCUCGACACACAUGGUCUCACUCACAUACUUUCCCAUCCAGGACAAUGGCCCCAAAGAAGCCCGAGCCGAAGAAGGAGGUGGCAAAAUCGACCCCACCGGCUCCGGAGCCAGAGAAGCCCAAGGAGCCCGAAUUUGACCCCAAAAGCAUUGCGCUGGAGUUCACUGCAGAUCAAAUUGACGAGUUCAAAGAGGCCUUCAUGCUUUUCGACAGGACCCCCAAAAGCGAGAUGAAGAUCUCUUACGCCCAGUGUGGUGAUGUGAUGAGGGCGCUGGGCCAGAACCCCUCCAACGAAGAGGUCAUGAGAGUCCUAGGGACACCCAAGCCACAGGAAAUGAACACUAAGCUGAUCGGCUUCGAGACCUUCCUACCAAUGUUCCAGCACAUCUCCAAGUCCAAGAACCGGGGUACCUUUGAGGACUUUGUGGAAGGACUGCGUGUCUUUGACAAGGAGGGCAACGGCACCGUCAUGGGCGCCGAGCUGCGUCUUGCACUUGCAACUCUUGGAGAGAAGAUGACAGAGAAAGAGAUAGAGGUAGUGAUGGAAGGACAAGAGGACAGCAAUGGCUGCAUUAACUACCAAGCCUUUGUGAAACACAUCAUGACUGGGUGA